AGACGGACCGUGAUGAUGAAGAUGACGAUGAGGAUGAUGAUGGAGCUCUGUCUGCCCGGUCGACAGCGCGCAUUAUGAUGCUGUCUGACACCUCCGGUGACAUUAUGCACAUUUUGCUCGCUUCACGCGCGAUGUGACUGCGGAUUCGGGUCAGGUAUGACUCGGGAUGCUCGUAGCUAGCUAGCUUAGCCGUUAGCUCAGCGCUCCUCCACCCCGCCGCAGACGGAGAGCUCCGGCAGGCGGCUGACGGCUCCAGCUGCUCCCGCCGCAGCUCCGCACACAGCCCGGCGAGCAGAGCUCACGAUGAGGCCUUAAAUGUCAGAUCGGCGGCGGUGUGCUCGGUCAUCAAAUACAGACAUGGCGUCGCAGCUCCAGGUGUUCUCCUCUCCCUCCGUGUCCUCCAGUGCCUACUCUCGCUCAAAGAGGCUCAAAGUGGAGAACCCCUCCUGGGAUGUGUCCAACCAGCUGGGAGACAAUGGUUACUACCAGCAGAGCCCCACGCAGGGAGCUGCACCCUCCACUUCCGGCUCCAACUUCAACCCAGUGUACAACAACAACCAGGUGCACCCGCCGACAGCCGGCUCGCGGGAGCAGACGGUGGUGCGGGCAGCAGACAGCACAGGUAGCGUUCGUGGACCUCCCUCCUCCUCUUCUUCGUCCUCCUCCUCCAGCCGUCGUAUCAAGGACGCAGAGUCCUCCUCCCAGCCGUGCGACCUCUAUCACAAGCAGUACAGCCUGAAGAGGAAGAGCGAGGAGGUGGACAGCAGCGACAGCGUCCAGAUUCUGGAGGAGCUCUCCGCUCCCGUGGUCUCAAACCGCACCGGUGGUGGAGGGGGAACCACCACCGCUCAGUCCAUAGCACACUCCACGUCUACCACCAAGAGCAGCAACUCCCACAGCGAGGGCGACUACCAGCUGGUCCAGCAUGAGAUUCUGUGCUCCAUGUCCAACAGCUACGAGGUGCUCGAGUUCCUGGGACGCGGCACCUUCGGCCAGGUGGCGAAAUGCUGGAAGCGAGGCACAAACGAGAUAGUGGCGAUUAAGAUCCUAAAGAACCAUCCCUCUUACGCUCGGCAAGGUCAAAUUGAAGUGAGCAUCCUCAGCAGGCUGAGCACAGAGAACGCCGAUGAGUUCAACUUUGUCCGCUCGUACGAGUGUUUCCAGCACAAGAACCACACGUGCCUUGUGUUUGAGAUGCUGGAGCAGAACCUUUACGACUUCCUGAAGCACAGCAAGUUCAGCCCUCUGCUGCUCAAGUGCAUCCGGCCCAUCCUGCAGCAGGUGGCCACGGCGCUGAUGAAGCUGAAGAGCCUGGGCCUGAUCCACGCCGACCUGAAGCCCGAAAACAUCAUGUUGGUGGACCCUCUGAGGCAGCCGUACAGAGUCAAAGUCAUUGAUUUCGGUUCGGCCAGCCACGUGUCCAAAGCAGUGUGCUCCACCUACCUGCAGUCACGAUACUACAGAGCUCCAGAGAUCAUCCUCGGCCUUCCGUUCUGUGAGGCGAUCGACAUGUGGUCGUUGGGAUGUGUCAUCGCUGAGCUGUUUUUGGGAUGGCCCCUGUAUCCCGGGGCCUCCGAGUAUGAUCAGAUUCGUUACAUUUCGCAGACACAGGGCCUUCCUGCAGAGUACCUGCUGAGUGCAGGAACUAAAACCAGCCGCUUUUUCAACAGAGGCCCCGACUCCAGCUACCCCCUCUGGAGACUCAAAACUCCUGCAGAGCACGAGGCUGAGAUGGGCAUCAAGUCAAAGGAAGCAAGAAAAUACAUCUUCAACUGUCUGGAUGAUAUGAUGCAGGUGAACAUGACAAACCUGGAGGGGACUGACAUCUUAGCCGAGAAGGCUGACAGGCGGGAGUUCAUAGACCUGCUGAAGAAGAUGCUGACGCUCGACGCAGACAAACGGAUCACGCCCAUGAAGACGCUGAACCAUCCCUUUGUUACCAUGACGCACCUGCUGCACUUCCCUCACAGCUCACAUGUGAAGUCCUGCUUCCAAAAUAUGGAUAUAUGCAAACGCAGAUGCAGCGCCUUUGAGAAUGGAAAGAAUAUGUUUGCCAGCAACAACACCCCGAGUGCAGCCACCAACCUCACCGUCACCUUCAGCAGCCAACUAAACCAGCACAAUCAGAUGGCCUCUACAGGCGGCCAGUCCCUGUCCCUCAGCAGUAACGUCCCUCUGCUGAACUACCAGCCCGGCCUCUACCAGCAGGCCACCAUCAACAUCCCCGGCCUGACCCAGCAGGGCGUGCCGCUGCAGACCAGACCCACCCAGCUCUGCACCCAGACCGAGCCCUUCCAGCAGACCCUCAUAGUUUGCCCCCCCACCAUCCAGGGUCUUCAGACAUCCAGUAAGCCCUCUGCUUAUCCAGUGAGGAUGGACAACUCUGUUCCCUUAGUCCCUCAGAACCAGUCGUCCCAGUCUCUCCAUAUCCAGCCCGGCAUGCUGGCACAGGCCUCCUUCGACCCCCUGCUGGUCGGCAGUCUGUACGCCUCAGUGGCGGGAAUGCCGCCUUUAGGCAGCAGGGGUGCGAACCUCGGUGGUUUACUGGAUCAGAAUGCCUCCAUGCUGCAGGGCUGGCCAGCAGGCACACAGCAGAUCCUCAUCCCCUCCACAUGGCAGCAGAUGCCAGGAAUGGCCAUCCACAACCCGGGGCAGGCCGUGGUGCCCGACUCACCCAUGGGAGCCUCGAUCUCCGACAGUCAGCAAGCAUCUGGCUGGAGGGGUCGUCAUGGAAGCCAAUAUGAUGGCGUCGGCCAGCAGGACUCCGGGGCUGGCCGUCACGCCGCGUCUCAGAGCCACAACUCAGGGGCCACUCACUCGAGAUCCCAACAGGGCAAGAGGUCAAAGGCUCGACAUGCAGAGAGCAGAGCCAGGCCUGUGUCCUCGGCCACCACUGUCGUCCACAACACGUCUGCUUUUGCUGGUGACCAGUCUCAGCCCAUCGUCAUCUCCGACACGCCGAGCCCCGCCGUCAGCAUCAUCACCAUCCACAGCGACUCCGAAGACGAGGAUGACAGGAAGUUCCCGGCUGCCUGCUCUGGAACAAGCCAGAGGACCAACGUGAUCAGCUGUGUGACGGUGCACGACUCCCAUGACUCCGACUCCUCCACCAGCAGCCCCCUGAGCCCCAAGACCACCUCACAGCCCACCAAGUCUCUGGCCAUCAUCAUGCCGUCUGUGAAGAGCCAGCCGAGCGAGAGCACAACCCACAAAGCUCCAGCAGCUCCAGAUCAAGCUACGAGCGGCUCUGGAAAAUCCAAGAAAGCGCCGACUCAGCAGUCCAGUCGGACAGGAGAUUCCAACACUGAUCGCCAUCAACGGGCCACGUCCAGCCGAUCUCAGCCUCUGAACCUGAGUCAGGUCCAACAGUCUGUGAUGUCAUCAUCCCACGACCAAACAGGAAGCAGUACUUCCCUGAGGCGGCAGCCCACGUACCCCCCUCCCGUGUCCUCCCACUCAUCCUACCGGCUUCACGAGAACACGCUCUUCAGCUCAACGCCAAACCUGUACGCCUACCCGGCGUCCGCCGCGCUGGCCUCUGUGUCCCAAGCUGUGGACCAGAUGCAAGGCGGCUCGUCCCGCCACGGCAGGGCGAGCGGAGCUUACUCCUCCCUGGCGCUGCUGCAGAAGAACGGCAGCCUGGCCCUGGGAGGCUCCGCUCCGGGACAGUACGGCAGCCACCACCAACAGCAGCAGCCGCCGCAGCAGCAGCAGCAGCAGCAGCAGCAGCUGGGAGCGCAGCCUUUCCACCACGCCAGUGCUACUUACCAGCGAAAACUCAACCAGUAUCCCUACCUGUAAAGACUGAAGGGCUGCACGGAGACCAAAUGGAGACCGAGACUAGAGACGAGCACAAGCUCAUCACGGGUGGCUGUGAUUAGACUUUCCUUUACUGUCCAGUCCUUGUUUUUACAGCUUCCUCUGAUUAUUUUAGACGAAAUAAUCAUGGGACGUUUUUAUAUUUUAAUCACAGUCCGUUUCUUUUUUAAUCUUUUUCAACUUUAGUGUUUCUUUUUUGUCGCAGACGUCAGGUUAGCGGCGACAAACAGGGCAGUCUGUGGAUAUCUGAACUGUGACACAUUUCUCGUUGUGUUGGCUCUUUGCUUCACUUCGUUAGAUUUUAAAACGACACAGGAAGUA